AUGGUGACCAACAAGGCCAACAAGCGUCCUGAAGGGACUCAGGGACAUGCUACACGCUCGAGAGGCUUCUCCAGUGAAAAGGAACGAAACAAGGCAGAGAAAAGAGUCAAGAAUGACCUUUCUGAGUUGAAAAAAGCUCUCAAUGCUAUGCCAACUUGCUCAAAACCAACUCUGAAGCCUCUCACUCUUGAAUUAGCCAAGGGUAUCAUCAAGAUGGACACUCCAAAGCGUCCUAAAAAGCAAUCAAAGCUCCUUGUGAAACAGUACACGCCAAAGAGUGAUCACUAUCUAGGCUGGGACAAUGCAAAGCAGGUGGGUGGUCUGACACUGAGCUCAAAGCUACAGAACCAUUCAGCUAGAGUUGUGACCACUGCUCUUGAUCUGAAGGAGUUCUUUCAUGCAGAGCAUCAGUUGCCUAAGCUCAGUGUGCAGCCCGACACCACUGGAUUCCAGUCAGUGUGCUUUGUUGGUCAGGAAGAUGUCAUUCACCUGGUUGACAAGAACAGUCUCCACUAUGCAAGUGUGGUCAAGAAGCCAGACUGUCCCAGGUUUGAAGAGAUGUACCAGGAGUUCAGACGCCUCCAAGCUGAGCUUCCAAGGUCAGCUGGUGCACCAGUCGAGUCUCUGCGUGGAGAUUUCUUCACCUACCAUCUCAUGCUCAGUGGACAAGAUUCAGCAUGUAUGCCUGGACCAUACUUCAACCUGAAGUUUGUCAAGAACUACAGGGAGAUGAUCAAGUUCCUGCGCAGCAAGCAUGUCACAACCCUCCGUGAAUACUGCAACACAUGCUUCUUUGAGUGCUUCCCUGAGCACGCAAGCCACUACAUGGAGAUUGGCAGCUCAGACCACUACCAUCCCCAUGGUGCUUUCCUUUGGGCUCCUGCAUUUCCCUCCAUUGCCAUCAACCAGGAGGGUCAGGCAUACAGUCUGCCUCACAGAGACAGGCGUGACUAUCUCCAAGGUCUGGCUGGUGUGUUCAGCUAUGGUGACUAUACCCAGCUGCAGAUCAGCUUCACUGAGGCCAAGGUCAGCAUUGACUUUCCUCCUGGUGCCCUCUGCUUUUUCCCAUCCCAUGUGCUGCACCACUUCAACUCUCCGAUACUGGAGGGAGAGACCCGUGGAUCCAUGACCAUGUUCAUGUCCAGUGAUGUGGCCAAGUGGAAGGGCUAUGAUGGCAGAGCAGCCGACACCUCAGAGGAGCAGAAGCAUGCUUACCGGCAAGAAUGUCUUGAAGCCUGGAAGCUCUUCCAGCCUCUGCCUACCUUUCCCUGA